AUGACGCAGAAGGCGACGCGGAUCCCGGAUGAAGGAGAUUCCGGACAGGAUAAAACAGGACGCAGGAUAAAUGCAAAGGUGGCGGCUCCUCCAUCUUCGUGCCACACUCAGUGCCAUCGCGGCGUUGGCACCGCCGGCGACGCCAACAACCUUCCCACGCAGCUACAACCACAACCCCACAGAACAACCUUCCCACGCAGCUACAACCACUACCCCACAGACCCCCACAGAACAACCUUCCCACGCGGCUACAACCACAACCCCACAGACCCCCACAGAACAACCUUCCCAUGCAGCUACAACCACAACCCCACAGAACAACCUUCCCACGCAGCUACAACCACAACCCCACAGACCCCCACAGAACAACCUUCCCACGCAGCUACAACCACAACCCCACAGACCCCCACAGAACAACUUUCCCACGCAGCUACAACCACAACCCCACAGAACAACCUUCCCACGCAGCUACAACCACAACCCCACAGACCCCCACAGAACAACCUUCCCACGCAGCUACAACCACAACCCCACAGACCCCCACAGAACAACCUUCCCACGCAGCUACAACCACUACCCCACAGACCCCCACAGAACAACCUUCCCACGCAGCUACAACCACUACCCCACAGACCCCCACAGAACAACCUUCCCACGCAGCCCGAUGCCCUCAGACCAGGGUUACCGCCAUGGUACGAAUGCGACGCUAGAGCCAUGACUUCGACGUUGGUUGGAAUUAGUUAUGAAAGAUUACCUGUAUAUCACAAUGUAGGAAUCCAUAUAAAAGUGUAA